CGUCGUACCCCACGCCACGCAGCAGCACCGCGAGGACCCAAACCCGGCUUACCCGAGCGAGCGAGCUGUGACGAUAGAGCCCGGGAGGCAGCACCGCUCGGGAGCAAUGGAGAGGGCGACGCCGGUGCGGAGCCCGCACACCUCGACGGCCGACCUGCUCACCUGGUCGGCCACGGGCGCCGACGCCUCCGCCGCCUCGCCGGCCGCCCCGUCCCGCCCCAGCCUCAAGCCGGCUGGGGGGAUCACGCCGGCCAUGUUCGGCGCGCCGGUGAGCGAGCACGAGGCCGAGGAUCUGAGCAACAGUGAAAGGAGAUUGAUGUCCGGUUCAAAGAUGAAGGAAAUGACUGGGAGUGGGAUAUUUGCUGAAAAGAACGAGAAUAGUGAUUCGGAGUCUUCAAAUCCUGCAAACAGAACUUCUGUGAGGAUGUAUCAGCAAACUGUAACUGGAGUAAGUCAGAUCUCAUUUAGCGCUGAUGGAAGUGUUUCUCCAAAGAAGCCAUCCUCAAUUCCUGAAGUGGCUAAGCAGCGAGAGCUUAGUGGCACAUUCGAGACUGAUGCUGAAGCUAAAAUUAAUAAGCAGCUUUCUGAAGCCAAGAACAAGGAGCUCAGCGGAAGCAAUAUCUUUGGUCCACCUCCUGAGACCCCUGCAAGGCCACUGGCUGCUCGUAAUAUGGAGCUACAAGGAAAUGUAGAUUUUGCACUUCCACAACGAAGAAGCGUGCACACAUCAGUGAAAGUAUCCAAUCCUGCUGGAGGUCCAAGCAACAUCACGUUCAGUGAGGAUCCUGUAGCGAAGACAGCAAAGAAAAUCCACAACCAGAAGUUCCAAGAGCUGACAGGCAAUAACAUCUUUAACGAGGAUGCUCCCCCUGGCUCAGCUGACAAGUCUCUGAGCUCAGCAAAGCUUAAGGAGAUGAGCGGCAAUGACAUCUUCUCUGAUGGAAAGGCGUCUUCGCGAGACUACCUCGGCGGUGUCCGGAAGCCCCCUGGUGGCGAGAGCAGCAUUGCACUCAUCUAAUUAUGGUAGACUGCUAUAGUCGGGACUGGCUAGUACAUCCUCCUCAUUUCAGGUGCUCUCCUUGGCGUUCCCGGGUCUAGACGAUGCUUUGAGAUCUGAAUUAUGUUGGAUAUCUUAGCCCUAAUAUAGUGUAGAGUCAGCAGGAUCUGACUCGGCUCAUAUCAUGUACGCUUCUGCGUGAUCUCAUCCUUGUUUUGUGGUACUUAUGUAUUAGUCUCUCUGUACUGAGAACCUGCGCAAUAAGCUUUUUAUGGACUCAUUCGGUAUCAUUGAGAAGGCAAUUUGCAACUCUUUUAUCAGCUAUGCCAGGAAAUGUUCAGCGGAA